AUGACCCAAGUAUAUGAUACAACGGAUACCACUGACUUUACCAGGAGGCACUCAUUCCGCGGUUGGCUACGAAAGAAUGUCUUGCCAGCACCCUCUCGCAAAUCACAGACUUCAUUUAAAAGAACUACUGGUCAAAGAACAGGCGCCAUCCACAAUGUAUUUGGUGUCCCUCUAUCUGAAUCUUUGUGUUAUGCUAGAUCAACUAUAGGCUACGUAGAUGAAGAUUUUAUCAAACAUCGACGUGCGGGUGCGAUUCCGAUCAUAAUUGCAAAGUGCGGUGCCUUUCUCAAACAGAAUGCGUUGCACGAAGAAGGCAUAUUCCGCUUGUCGGGAAGUAUGAAACGUAUCAAUGAGCUGCAGCAAGCAUUUGAUAGUCCCUCGACUGCAUAUGGCCUGCACUUUAACUGGGAUGGCUGUACAGUACAUGAUGCAGCUAGUGUGAUGCGUCGAUAUCUUAACAAGCUACCAGAGCCCGUCAUCCCACUUGAAUAUUAUCAAGCCUUUCGAGAUGUCAUGAGCGAUAAGUUUUACCACACCACCGAUGCCAGAGUCACGGCAUUCCAAAAGUUAAUUCAAACUAUCCCUCCAGCCCACCAACACCUCUUAUUAUAUCUGCUCGAUAUGCUCAAUAUGUUUGCCUGUAAUUCCGCCGAGAAUCGCAUGGACGCAAGCAACCUCGCCGCAGUCUUCUGCCCCGGAAUCCUGAACCACCCAGACCAUAUUUCGGUCGUUCACUACAAAAUAUCUCAGCGUGUGAUUGAGUUCUUGAUCGAAUUCCAGGCCCUUUUUACGAUGCAGCUACUUAUAAAAAAGCCAAAGGAGACUUCUGAUACAAACGAUCUACCACCCGUGCCCCCUAUUCCUAAACAGCUAGCCCACACGGACACCAGCAGUAUAUUAGGCAGAGAUAUUCCAAUAGCAAGGCCACUCAUUGACACCGAUGAACCACUAGCGCCGGUGAUGCCAUCAGUAAAACAACGAGCAUUGCCACAACCUCUUAACAUGACAGGUCUUGUUUACAAUCCUACACGUUCCAUCAAAACAUCCUCUGACAUUUCUAAUAAUAUGCCGUCAUCCUCAAAAGAAGAAGAAGAAGACUGGGUUGAUUCCGGAACAGAUGUCAAAACCCCAGCUUCAUUUAUGAAAUCACCAAAAAAGAUAAAAGACAUUCAACAGAGCGAAUACUCCCAGCAGCCGAUCCCAGAAGAAUUCAAUGAAGACGACGUAGCAACACCAAGAGCCGUAAUUGCGGAUCCGUUUAGUCUACCUAAUAAGACUAAACUACAAGAAACACCCAAGUCUCAAGACAUUGUUACGUCAAUUUCGGAAGCGAUCCAACCUUUUAAAAAACGUACGAUUGAGCAAUUUGCCCAGCUAAAAGAUACAGCCAGACCGUAUUUUGUUCAACCUACGGAUAAAGAUUUUGUCUACAGUGUAUGUGUUUCUAGCGCUGGCCUGGUUUUAUUCCUGUCAGCCUAUGAAAUAUACCUAGUAAUUUCAAACCGACAGUGGAUAGAGCCAUGUGCCUACUUUGGGGGAAUGAUGGCUUACUUCACUCUUCUGUACAAGGGAACCUGCGAGGAUAAUCAACACUUAUCUGAACAGACUACUCUGGAUCCUCCAGUUACAAGCUCGUUUGAUCUACAGAAAAAUGAAGAUACAUUUGGUUCAUCAGUCAGUAUUCCAAAACAGAUCGAUCAGGACUCUGAUGAUGCGCUUUCGCUGUUUGACGAUAUUUCUAUUGCAAACGAUCAUGCAGCAGAAGAAGCAAUGAUGAAGGACGAAAGCAUUAUGUCCGAAUGGAAAGACCUACUCACCAGAGCAUGGCGAGCAGAUAUUUCGAUGCCUAAAGGGUUUCCGUUUUCUUUGGCUAACUCUCAUUCGAUGAGUGAAACAACCGAGACUAACGAUAGGGAGUAUGCAGAUGAUGCUUUUGAGACUGCUUCGCUGUGUUCUGUUUCUUCGGUGACCAGUAGAUUUGACGAAGAGUCUGAUCCGAGUGAAGACGAUGAACUGGACUACAAGGAGGACGAGGACUGUUUGGCUGAUUUGAGUACCGAGGAAAUGGAAAGUCUGUGGGAAAGAUUUCAGCAAAUUGAAAAAGAUACAGAAUUGGCAAAGGUUCUUCAAAAGGAACAAGACGAAGAAGCAAAUCGAGUUAGGCUUGAAAACAAUCCAUUUAUUACUUCUCCCACUAGUCCAUCUUUUGCAGAGAAAGAAAAAUGGAAGUUGCACAAGUAUACCAAAUAA